GAAUACUCUCGCGUAAUAACGUGGUAUAUGUAGAGUGAAAUAAAGAGGGAAAAAAAAAAGAUGUCGGAAAGGAAAGGAGUAAACGUACAGGUCGCGUAUGGUGCCAUCUGACGGCCGUGUGCGAGCAGUAGGAACAGAGCGAUAUGCAGAAGGUAGUCCUGCUCGCCAUAUUUGUUAUUAUCGUCGAUGGGGUAGGCUAGCUGGCGGAGUAUCGGAGUGGUGAGGUGUGCGGUGCGUAAUGUUUGGAUAUUCGUAAGAUUAGAAAGGCUUCUAGCGGGCUAAGAUAUUCGGCCGUUGAGCUAACUAGUGAACAAAUUAUCCUGUAUUCACGGUGUGAGAGAAGCGGUCUCUUAUAUAAAACUGCUAGGGCCACGGAGGCUCAGCUGUCUUGUUCAGUAGUGUCGAGUGCGCGUUUAUUCUGUUUAUAGAACGAGAAAGAGAGUGGGCGAAAGAGAGAGAGAAAAAGAGAAAAAGAGAGAGAGAAAGGAAGAGAGAGGCAAACAAAGAGGACAGGGAAGGGAACAAACGAACGAGGAAGGACGCGUUAAACUGCUUCAUGUUAAUAAGCGUUAAACGAUACGUGAGGAUUAAGAAGGAAGGCCCAGAGUUUCUUGAAUUUUGGAGACUGAAGAAACGUGGAGGUGACUGAGAGAAGGAGGAGGAGGGUCGCCGGUGGCGAAGGAAGAAGUUGUUAGAGUUUGGCAGAGAAGGUGGACGAAGACGAGGAAGAGGAAGAGGAGGAGGUGGAGGCGGAGGCGGAGGAGGUGGAGGCGGAGGUGGCGGAGGUGGUGGUGGCGGUGGUGGUCGUGGUGGUGGUGGUGUUCGAGGGAAAAAAAAAGGAAAAAGAAGAAGAGGAAAAAAAAGAAGAAGAAGAAGAAAACGAACGGAAGGGUGACGAGACAGACAGGACAGUGGAAGUGGUUGUGGUUGUGGUUUUGGAGGUGGUUGUUGUUGUUGUGGCGUUGGUGCACUUUGGUGUUGUUGUCGUUGUUGUCAUCCGCGGUCGUAGUGAUAGUAGUGGUGGUGAUCGUAAUAAGGUAUCGUAUCGGAAGCGCGCUCGUAGUGUCGCGUCUGCCGAUUCGUACCAGAAUUAAAACUGGCGGGCAAUCUGGCUCGAUCUCCGGUGCCGGUGGGUGCUGGCGGAGGUGGUGGUGGUAGCGGCGGAGGAGGCGGAGGAGGUGGAGGAGGAGGAGGAAACGGAGCUUCUGGAAGUGGUUCCGGUCCCUUCGUUGGACGUGGUACCGGUGGUACUGCUGCUGCUGCUGCUGCUGCUGCUGCUGCUGCUGCUGCUACUGCUGCUGCUGCUGCUGCUGCUAUUGCUGGUGGUAGUGGUGGUACUGGUGCUGGUUCUGGUGCUGGUGGUGCUGGUGGUGCUGGUGGUACCGGAAUUGGAGAUGUCAUUGGAUGUCCUGGAGGAUCAACGACAGGUAACAGCAACAACAACGGAAAUGGAAAUCAAACAAACGCGAAUCAUGCGAGUGGAGGUAAUGCGAACGGUAACGCGAAUGGCGGUACUACUACCAUGGCAAAUGGAUCAUCAAUCGGAAAUAAUCCUACAUCCCAAUCAAACGGAAAUCCUAAUGGCGGCGGUGGUAGUGGUGGUGGUGUUGGUGGUGGUGCUGGUGGUGGUGGUGGUGGCACCACCUCGUCCGCGGGAAAUCCCAAUGUACAACCUGCGGUCGAUCAACCCGCCCAAGGUGGACAAAUUUUGGAUUGGGAAGACGUCGAUCGUUUCUCGUUCGAGGAUUCCGAUCAUUUCGAAGAGGAUUCGCUUUGUAGUUGGAGCAGCGAACCCGAAUCACUUUGUAACAAUUGGCGAGGAUGGCGUCGACCAACCGCAGGAUUUGGUACCGCAAAAAGGCCGACGGAUGAUGAUUCACAAGUGCCGACAUUAUGCGAACUAUCGGCACGAUGCGUUGCAUCUCACAUACCCUUCGAGUUGGUCGAACACGUUUAUCCACCUGUGCCGGAACAAUUGCAGCUGAGGAUAGCUUUCUGGAGUUUUCCCGAUAACGAGGAAGACAUAAGACUCUAUUCUUGCCUUGCAAAUGGCAGUGCGGAUGAAUUUCAACGUGGCGAACAACUAUUUCGUUCGAGAAGCGUCAAGAAUCCUCUGCAAAUAGGUUUUCAUCUCAGCGCCAGCGUAAAUCCGCAAAUGAUGUCAGCAACGUCUGGUGUCGCUAGAUCUCAAUUCAAUGUAGCAGUAACUUUCGAUCGUCGAAAGAUCACAUCGUGCAAUUGUACUUGCUCCUCAAAGGCUUAUUGGUGUGCACACGUAGUUGCUGUUUGUCUUCAUAGAAUACAUAUGCCGACACAAGUUUGCCUAAGAGCACCAGUGAGCGAAUCCCUGUCGCGAUUGCAUCGAGAUCAAUUGCAAAAAUUUGCUCAAUAUCUUAUAAGCGAAUUGCCACAACAAAUUCUUCCCACUGCUCAAUUACUCUUGGACGAAUUGUUGUCAGCCCAACCGAAUGCCAUCAAUAGUUAUUGUGGUGCUCCUGAUCCUACGGCAGGUGCUUCCGCGCACGAUCAAACAUCUUGGUAUCUGGACGAGAAAACGUUGCACGAUAACAUUAAGAAAAUUCUUAUCAAGUUCUGUGUACCAGCGCCUAUUGUGUUCAGCGACGUAAACUAUUUGAGCACUACAGCACCUCCGGCUGCUGCCGAAUGGUCGUCGCUUCUUAGACCAUUGAGAGGUCGAGAACCAGAAGGAAUGUGGAACCUGCUCUCGAUCGUACGUGAAAUGUUCAAGAGAACGGAUCGUAACGCAAUACCGCUUUUAGAGAUUAUCACAGAAGAAUGCAUGGCCUGUGAACAAAUAAUAGUUUGGUGGUUUAACACGAAAGUGGCUUUAUUGAAUGGUACAGGACAUGGUGGUGGUAAACAUGGUAAUAUGAACAGUAACGUUCAUGCAUCUCAACAUGCGUGUUCUUCGUUGUGCGACGAAAUUGUCGUACUUUGGAGAUUGGCUGCUCUAAAUCCUGGAUUAUCACCGGCCGAACGAGAGAUGCUACAUGAUCAAUUUAUGGCAUGGCAUAUGAAGAUCAUCGAUAAGGUCACUAAAAGUCGUGGUACCUCGGUAUCCCAUAAUUCGCAUAAUAAAAAUAAUAGCAGUAGCUAUAAGGAUUCAUUGAAGAACGAUUUAACCGUAUUUGUUGGCUUCAAAACGGCUCUUGAGGCAUGUUAUUUAGAUUGGGAAGAAUAUACUCUUCCGGGUAUCACGUACACCGCUGAAAGCAAUCCCAUGUAUCAUUGUCCAUUUACAUGUUUUCGACAUGUUGGUGAUAGUGGUACCGAAGUAAAUCAGGUGAAUUCGAGUUCGGCUGUCUUGAAUUGCCAACCACCUAUUUCUCAUCAUCACAGCAGACGACCUGUACCAUUAGGUCUCGUAGAAUUUAGUUAUACGGAUAGACGAAGAUUGAAUCCACGAGAAUUUCCAGGGUUGUGUUCAAGAGGUAGCGGCGGUGAUGGAAAUCGUAGCAGUGUUAGUUCUGAAGGUUUUUGCGAAAAUGAUACCGAUAUGGCCGACAUUUCGGAACCACAAUUAUUACUUAGACGUGGAUGCGCCAGGUUAAAUAAUUGCGGAGAUACAGAUUCACAGGAGGGCGGAGGUAGCGAAUCCUCAUCGAACAGUAACGUGAGUUUAAAAAAUGUUCAAGACUCGAAUAAACAUUGUUCGAACGUAUUAUCAUCGGAAAGUCAUAGUGACAGUAGUGAAAGUAGUAACAAUAAGACUACUAACGAAGUGAAGUGCGGCAGGGCGAAUUUCGUCGAUUAUCGUGAUAAGUCGCGUACGGUAAAUCCUAAAGCAACAGGAUCAAAGACUGAACAAGAAUCUGAACAAGAGAAUGAUGCAUCCAGAAGACAAUCGAAGGAUGAAAGUUCAUCUUCUAGCAGCGAUAGCCCUUCUGGUGACGAAUAUAACGUUUAUUAUUAUGAUUCAAAGGCAACAGUGAAUAAUACAGGAAACGAUUCGAAAACCGAAUCACCUUUGACCAUAGCACCGAGCGCAAGUGCAUUGUUGGGUAAUCUAAAGAAAACAGAAGAUCCUUGGGGUAUAUUUCUUGCUAGAGCAGAGGGUCUUUAUGCCCAUGGACAUACGCGAGAAGCUUGUAUACUUGGUGUUCAAUUAGCAGAAGAAUUAUUAGCUAAUCCUCCGGAUUUAAUGAUCGAGGAACCACCCGUGCCAUUGAAAGGAAAAAAGAAAAAGCAACAAGUGAAUCCAGCGUCACAUCAAUUAACGUGCCUUGCCUCCGCCACUUUGGCAAAAUGUUGCUUCUUGUGCACGGUACUCGCUGAAAAUCCUGAAUAUCAUAAUCUUGCAUUCAGAGUAGGUCUCUAUGGUUUAGAAAUGGCUAGACCGCCGGCAAAUACGAAACCUUUAGAGGUCAAACUAGCACAUCAAGAAAGCGAACUCGUCGGUUUGUUGAAAAAAAUUCCCCUAGGUCAAGCUGAACUUAAUAUGGUCAGACAAAGAGCGGCGCAAUUACGAGAUGGUGUAUUACGAUCAAGAGGGCAUGCAUUGCUACCAAUUAUUUUAGCAAGCUUCAUAUUCGAUACUUUGAAUACACCGAGAGGUCCGGAAAUUAACAAAGAAGCUGAUGAAGCUCUGGGUUUCGACGCAGCUGUCGCUGCUUUAGGAUUGAAAGCAAACGUAAGUGAAGCGGAUCAUCCGCUUCUUUGCGAAGGUACUAGACGGCAAAGAGGCGACUUGGCGAUUACUCUUCUUGUACAUUACAAGGAUGCACCGGCUAAAGUAGCUAGAAUAAUGAACAAACUUUUGGAUCGUGAUGUUCAUCAAUUAAUUAAGUCUCCUAUUCUUAGUAGUUACUACACUGCAAAUCCUAUCACUAAACCUGAGACGACAACGCAUUUGCCGGAUGACGAAUGUUUGUCGCCUUUAACAGGCACCGAUGUUCCUGGAAACAGUGACAAUGUUAUCGGUAAUGGCAGUAGACCACACAGUAGUACAAGCGCGGAAUUAGAAAAUAGCAUGAGUGCGUUAACUCUUCAACCACCAUUAGUGCAACCAGUACCAACUAGAACUAAAGAAACAAGGUACAAGAGUAAGCGAGUAUGUCCAUCGAUCCCUAAUCAACCAUCCGAAGCUGGUGCACAUUUCAUGUGUGAAUUGGCUAAAACCGUAUUGGCUAAAGCAGGUGGUAGCAGUUCAACUUCACUGUUCACUCAAGUAUCAACGAAUCAAAAUCAUCAUGUACCACAUAGAGCUUUACACAUGUGCGCCUUUCAAUUGGGCUUAUAUGCUCUUGGUCUUCAUAAUUGCGUCAGUCAUAAUUGGUUGAGUCGUACUUAUUCAACACACGUAUCUUGGAUCACUGGACAAGCUGUAGAAAUUGGUGCCCCGGCCAUAUGGUUUCUCAUUGAAAGUUGGGAAGGUCAUCUAACUCCUCCAGAAGCUGUCAGUAUUGCUGAUAAAUCUUCCAGAGGUAGCGAUCCAAAUAUGGUCAGAGCAGCCGCAGAAUUGGCACUAUCUUGUCUACCACACGCUCAUGCUCUUAAUCCAAAUGAAGUGCAAAGAGCAAUUUUACAGUGUAAGGAACAAAGUGAUGUGAUGUUGGAGAAAGCAUGUAUCACGGUUGAAAACACGGCAAAAGGUGGCGGUGUUUAUCCAGAAGUACUUUUUCAAGUUGCCAAAUAUUGGUACGAGUUGUAUAUCCGUCACACACCAGGAGGAGAACAACAAGAUGAGAUGCCACACGAUUCUUUACAGUUAGAUCUUAACAGUGCCCUUUUAGUAGAACCUGGUCCUCCGGUAGAUUUAUCUGCAGGUCAAAUGAUACCAGGUCCAACACAGGCCGUUGUUGUAACUAGUACACAACCACCUCCUCAGCCAUAUCCUGCACAUCCCACUAUAACGACUCUGGCACCCUUGGGUACAGUACAACAGUAUUACAAUCACGAAGCACAAAUAAUACAACAACCAGGAGUUGGCAUGCCGUAUGCGGUAGCUCCCUACAGUUUUGUACAUCCUCAUCAUUCGAUUCCAACGUUCGGUGGCCCGAUGCCUUCGCAUAGAGUAACUCUACCACCUGCACCACCACACAUGCAAAUGUAUCACACAGCCUUUCCGCCUCAUCCUAGAUGUCCACAGCAUCCUCAACAUCCACAACAUCCGCAUCAUCCACCGCCAGCUGCACAGCCACCGCCAGUGCCGCAAUACUACGCACCGCAACCUCCGCCUCCGCCAGGAACCCAUCAUUUGUUCACCAUGCAACAAACCAUGCCAGUUAACGUUCAAGCGGGAGUAACACACGGUCCUAUCCCUGGACAAAGUGGUCUGCCUGGACCAGCAUUGGUACAGGCUCAACCAAUUAUAUCGACUGUAAGACCUCAACCCCAGGUUCAUAGGCAAAAUCAACCGUUUAGGCAACAACAAUUUAGGGCAUUGGUUGCGGCGUAUCGCGUAGGUAUGUUAGCCUUGGAGACAUUAGCUCGUAGAGUUCAUGACGACAGGCCCCAGGCAAAAUAUGCACGUAAUCCACCAUACGGAGAAGACGUUAAAUGGCUGUUAAGAGUUUCGAAACGUUUGGGCUCCCAAUACCUUCAUCAGUUGUGUGUCUGCACGGUUAACAGUAUCGUCAGCCCGUUUGUUCUUCAUGAAGUGGCACUCGAAGCGGCCCAUUAUCUCGCCAGAAAUAAUCCAACUUUGGUGUUACAACACUUGAGAUCGGCUCCUCUGGCACCACUAGUACACAAGUGUCAACAAAUGUAUAUUCAGUGUAUGCAUCAAAAGUUGUAUCAUCUGGCACCUGGCGAUUACGAGGACUUCGCAAGUGUAGUUUGUGCGGCAAGAGCCGCAUUCCAUAUCACUCCGGAAGGACACACACAAUUCAAAGAAUGGCUUCAAUCUAUCAAGAGAUCUCAAUCGUGUAACAAAGAUCUAUGGGCGCAAAUCAAUGCGGCAUUACAGCAAAAUGGCAAAUGACAUAGAGCGGAACCAGGCAUAUCAAGAGGCAUAACGUCAUUACCCCAUUCAACAUCAGCAGCCCCUGGAACAAUUGCCGUGGCACAGGCAUCGUCUGUUACGGCAACGGUAGCAGCUCCAUCAUUAUCGUUAUCACCGGUUACGACGACGACAACGACGACGUCGUCCUCGUCUAUAGCAGCUACUACGACAACAACACAGAAUUUAGUCACCCAUCAACAUCAACAACAAUCUUCGUCCCAUCAAGAUCGUCGUACGCGUUCACGCAUCGGCCAUCCACAACAAGGACGACUUGGCCAGGAUUUUCAUAAUGUCUGUUUACGUUCGUCCUCGUGGAAACAUCGCGUAAGCGGCAACGAUAACAAGGGCAACAACAUUGGAUGACGUAUGAGUUUUCCGUGCAGCACGCACGACGGAAACCGUCUUAGGAUUCUUGCUCAAAAUGGAAAAUUCAUCACGGAAAUGAGCGCCCGUUCGAUCCAAUUUGAUCAACGUACGGUAUCCAUGAUGACAUAAGCUAAAAAUUGCUUGAUCUAAGAAAAGAAGGAGGAGGAGGAGGAGAAGAAGGAGGAACGAGAAAGAAGAGAAAGGAAGAAAAAGAAAAAGAAAAAAAAAGGAAAAAGAAAAAAGAAAGAGGAAAAUAAACAAAAAAAGAGAGAGAGAGAGAGAGAGAGAAAAAUCUCAUAUCUAAAGAAAGAUUAUCGCGUGUUCAAUCGAUUCGAAUUAAUCUGCAGCAUUCAGAGAACGCAAUUCACUACACAUACACACACACAUAUAUAUAUAUAUAUUUAUAUAUAUAUAUUAUAUAUAAUAUAUAUAUAUUAUAUAUUAUAUAUAUUAUAUAUAUAUAUAUAGAGAGAGAGAGAGAGAAAAAAAGAGAAAGAGCAUCGUCGUUAAUAUACUUGAAAGAGUAACGAUGCCAAUUUUUCACGACUUGUCCUUCUUCGUUAAUCGUUCAAUCAAAAUUCUUUACUUUCGUAAUCGCGUACAGACAUCGCGAAUUAAAGAGACAGAGAGAAAGAGAAGAAAAAAAAAGAGAUAGAUAGAAAGAGAGAAAGAAAAAGUUAUCAAAAGCAAAAUGAAAAACAGAGAAGAAAAAGAAA